AAAAUUACCCACACCAUGUGUAAAUACAAUCAAAUGUGUUAGAUAAAGUGAAUUUUUUUCAUAUUUAACUGAAGUUUCACCAAUCAAUUACUUUAUUUUUGACUUGUUUUUAAUGGUUUAAUACAUUGAAAAGAUUUCUCAAACCAAACCUUUAUCCUUGUUCUCUGUAGCUCUGAAGUGCCCUGACAACAGUGCCUAUGAAAUUUGUGCAACGGCAUGUGACACACCUUGCCCUGGCCUAUCUGAUGUCAUCAAAUGCAAUGUUCAGACCUGUGUUGAAGGCUGUAGGUGUAAACCUGGAUUCUUCAACAAUGGAACAGGCUGCGUUAAAGAGGAUCAGUGUAGCUGUUAUGCGAAUGGCAAAACCUUAAAGAUGGGUGAGGUUGUUGUCACUGAUGACUGUCAAGAAAAAAUUAUAUGUCAAAACUCUGGUAUAAUGAAAUAUGAAAGCAUGAAAUGUAACACUGAUGAAGCAUGCCUGGUUAAGAAUGGUGUUCGAGGAUGCUACCCCAAACAGUGCAUGCUGGGAAAUGCAGGCUCCAUCACCCUUUUCAAUGGAACAACAUGGAACAUACCAUCUAUAGGGGCCUUUGACUUGGUGAAAGUAUGUGACGAUAGUGUUAUGGGGAUAUGGUUCCGUGUGGUGGCGGUGUUGCAAGAGAGAAAUGGGGUCCUCUCAACUACAGCUGUAAACAUAUUCUUUGAAAAUGUUCUUGUUACUGUUACCAGCCAAAAUGAGAUUUGGUUCAACGGUAGAAAGAUGACUUUACCUAUUAUGGAAAGCAAUGGGGUAACUGUUAAGGUCAUCGAUCAGACAGUGAUCAUUGAGAAGAGAAAUGCAAUUAGAUUGUCCUACAGCCUUUCACAGGGUGUCAUAAUCACAGUGAACAAUGGAAUUGCUGAUAAAGUUUGUGGAGCUUGUGGGAAAUUUACUGGCUCUAUUUCAGGUGAAAGCAUAAUGCUCUAUAUGGAUCAAUACAGAGCUCCUGAUUUUCCCACCUGCACCCUAUGAUGGGAAUUUCGAGGCUGAGAACAUCAACCAAGCAAAAAUAUUGGAUAAUAUAUGACAUAAUUUCCUGCAUGAUUCUCUGCAAUUCUAAAUGAAUUUUAAUAUUCUAUGAAAUUAUAAAUCAAAAUAAACACUUGCAAUAUAAUAUG